UAAUGUUACCCUGCGGUCACUGAGAAGUGCAGUCGGGAGGGCGGAUCAUCGCGAAGGCAACGACACUACAGACGCCCGAGAAACUGUCAAAAAACAGUCAACAAAGGACUUGCAGAAUGGCAGACUUGAGUCUGAGCGAUGCUCUGACUGACGGUGUGCCCCAGUCUGGCCCGGAGAACGUGGUGGAGCGGGACUUUGUGGCCCAGCUGGAGGCCGAGACCUUUGACGACCAGGUGGGAGAGACCGUGGGCAAGACAGACUACAUCCCCCUUCUUGACAAUGAUGACGACGGCAAGCAGAAAGAUGCAGAGCCGGGGUUGGAGAAUGGGAAUGAGGAGGGCCAAGGAGCCCAAAAUCCUGGACCGGUGAGUUCUGCGGUGACACCAGGAGGACUGAUUACGGCGUCACGCCCAGAGCCUCAGGGGGAAGUGAGGCCGUGUUUGGCCGAACAGCAGGCCUUCGUACCGGACUUCCUUCCAGACUCUAUGGCUGGUUUCUCAGAUCAGUGGGGAGCCCAGCCCACCCCCUCUCAGAUGAUGGACAGCGGCCACGUGGGGACCUUCACAGGGUUCUCCCAGCCAGUGGGGGUGGCACCACUGCAGGCUGAGCGCCCCCCCAGCAUUGCCGAGCCCCAGAGGCCCCCACCCAUGCCCGCAGAGCCUCAGAUACCCACCAAAGAUGCUGCCGCCACCCCCAAAAACAUCAUGGACAUGUCUGCAGGUCUCCUGGGUGAGUGCUGGCCAGACGAGGCUGGCAUUCCCUCCGACCUGCCCUUCACCCCCAGCGUUUCCACGGUGAUCAGUCGCCAUGCAGGCCAGAUGGCAGAGAGCCCUCAGGACGUGUCGGACACCCAGUGGCCCCCCCGCGAGAGCGGCGUCGGGGACGAGCGGGAAGGGGACUCUGACCGCAAACAGCAGAAGAAGAAGAAGAAGCGGCGGCCGAGAGACGAUGUGUACGACUACAUGGAGGUCAAAGGUCACGGGGAGCCCCAGGUUGAGAACACCCCACCGUCUGACAGCUCCUUCAGGUCCCCGCGCAAGGAGGGGGGGUGGGAAAGGGAGGAUGGGGGUCGCAGCGGCGGGGGGAGGGUUAAAAAAGGUAAGAGCCGGAAGAAGAUUCCGGAAGAGUGGGCAAUCAACGCUGAGCCCUUCGUCCCAGCUUCUGUCUCGGCUGUCCAGUCACAGGAGUUUGGCAGUGAUCUACCAGAAGAGGGCGCCAUGCCCGCCUCACUCACGCAGGACCUGCUCUGCCUGACAGCCACCUCCCCCUUGGCCCCAGCCGCUCCUGCCAUUCAGGCAGCAGCUUUCUCGCCUAAGGGCAUUAUGACGUCAUCACCCAUGCCAGAAGGUUCCUUUUCCAUGAGUGCCCAAGACUCACUCAUGGAUGCCGAUGGCUCUUGCCUAGGGGAUGCCAGAGAGGCCUUGCCUCUGCCCAUGGAGCUGGAUAAGGCAGAUCCACUGGCCUCCCCUCUGAGUAACGCAAAUCUCUUCCUGGGAGACAGCGGCGUUUAUGAGGAGACCAUGUUUGUUCAGGAUCACUCCUUUACAGGCUCCUCCACCGAUGGCUUGGCCAGAGAUCCGAUGCUAGCCUUCCAGAGCACAGGCCUGGACACCCCCAUGGAGGCCCUGAUCUCGGCCCCCCCGUUCACCCCCUCCGGCGCGGUCUGGUCCAACGACUCCCCGCACAACAACCACAGCGACCCAUUCAGCAUCCCCGGGAUGGAGGCUCUCAACUUCGACACUCCUGCCCCUGCCUCUGCUCCCGUGGAGUCUCCUAAGCAGAAAACCCUGAAGGACGGCAAGAAGUCGGGCAAGAAUUCCCGCACGUCGUCAUCGUCCUCGUCCUCGGCGCCGACCAAGAGCCCAACCUCCCCCAACGCGAAUCUGCCGUCUCCCCAGAACUCUGGUCUGAACCCCGCUGCCCUGCCUUUCUUCCCGAGCUUCUCUGAGGCCCCGGAGCCCCCGGCUGCUCUGCCUGCCCGGCUGGAAGUGAAAACAGACAAGCCUGACAAGAUGGACGGAUUCCAAACGUUUGACGACUUUGACGUGUUUGAUAAAGUGGAGAAGACUGACAAGGCAGAGCCGAAAGACAACCUGGAGAAAACCGAGAAGAUGGACAUGUUUGGAAAGGCGGAGAAUCUCGACAAAAUGGAUAAGGACGGUAAAGUGGAUAAAGCCGAGAAGGCAGAGAAAGACGAGCACAAAGAAAAGGACAAAAUCGAGCCCACCGAACUAAAGGCAAAGACGGACAAAACCGAAACGCCCCAGAAGGUUGAAAAGACCGAAAUAAAAGAUCAAUGUGAAAAACCCAAGGAAGCUGAUAAGGUUGAAAAGGUGGACCUGGCUGACAAGGCGAAAGGAACUGACAAGGCUAAGAAGGAUAAAGAAACAGACAAGAUGGAAAACGUUGAAAAAGUUGAGCUCAAGCCAGAGAAACAUGAAGUGGAGAAGGUAGAGGUGACUCCGAAAACAGACGACAAGAAGGAGGAGAAAGUGGAAAAGAAAGAAGAGAAGAAAGAAGAUAAGAAAGAAGAGAAGAAAGAGGAGAAAAAAGAAGUAAAGGAAGACAAGAAGGAAGAAAAGGUGGAGAAGAAAGAGGAGGAACAGAGAGCUGAAAAAGACAAAGCCCCAACCCCAGCCAAGACGGAGAAAAAGGAACAGGAGGAUAAGCUGAUCAAGGCUGAGAAGGCCGAAAAGAAAGAGAGUCCCGAGAAGAAGACUGCCAAAGUGGAGAAGAACGACAAAAUCGACAAGGCCAAAAAACCUGCAGCUAAACCAGCAGUGACCAGCGCUACACCAAGCAAGGACCCCACCAGCCCAGACAAGAAGACCAAGCUCGUUGCCGGGGCGACCAAACCGGGCUCCGCCAAGCCUCGGCCGAGCUCGGUGGCGUUGUCUGCUGCAGCCGCCCCCAAACGUCCGACCACAGCCUCCACCACCACAGCCUCCACCCUCAGUAAAAAAAACCUGGUGCCUAAGGCACCCACCCCCUCCACAGCCCCAAAGCGCCUCUCAUCCGCCACCACCCGACCCCCCACCUCCACCUCCAUGUCCUCCACAGCUGCCAGGGAGGUCAAGCCCAAGGUACCCACAGAGAAGCGCCCCCUGGUGCCAAAGGCGAGUACUGCCACCCCCGCAGCCCGCUCCACAGCCACUAAAAACGGCACCACCACUGCCACGGCAACCAGCAAAACUACCACGGCAACCCGCACGUCACUCUCAGCCCGCACCACAGCGAGCGCUCCGACAGCACGGCGCUCCAUGGUAGCGAAGGCUGAGAGCAAACCUGGAGAAGAGAAGAAGAAGACCUCAGACACCAAGCCUACUUCACGGCUCUCGACAAGCACCAGCAUUGGGGCAGCGGCUCGCCCUCGCCCCACCACCACCAGGCCCUCCAGUGCCACCCCCAGUGGCCCCCCCACCACGGUGCCCGAGAGGAAGCCCCCCGUGCCCCGCGUCCCCCGCCCCAGCAGCGCCACCACGUCGACCGCCAGCGUCGCGGCCAAAACCCGCCCAGCUACCGCCGACGCCCGCAGCGCCCGCUCCAAGGUCGGCUCCACGGAUAACUUGAAGCACCAGCCAGGGGGUGGAAAGGUGUCAGCAUCUCACAGCAAGACCGACUCCAAAGAUACAAGCCAGGGCAAAGUUCAGAUAGUCUCCAAAAAGGUGGACUACAGCCACGUCACCUCUCGCUUGGGCUCCAAGGACAAUAUCAAGCAUGUCCCUGGGGGAGGGAACGUCCACAUCCUGACUAAGAAAGUUGAUUUGAGUAAGGUGACCUCAAAAUGUGGUUCCAAGGCCAACAUGAAGCACAAGCCAGGAGGCGGAGAUGUGAAGAUUGAGUCUCACAAGAUGUCCAUCAAGGGCCAGCCCAAAGUGGGCUCCAUGGAAAACGUCAAGCACGAACCUGGUGGUGGCAACGUUAAGGCUGAGGGGGCCGAGGAGGCAGCCGAGGGCACAGGGGCUCCCCCUAGUGGUGGCCAGGCUGAACUGCCGAUGGCCAGCCCUGCCCAGGCCCAGGAGAAUGGGCUGCUGAAGGAGGGCCCUCCCAGUGGGAGCGAGGGGCUCCGGGACCCCCAGCAGGGCCUGGACUCGCGCAUCCCCGAAACAAGCAUUUAAUUCUGCUUUUUGCUAUCCUUCCACCCUUUCAUUUCAACUCGCCCCCCCCCUCCACACCAACUUCCCCGACUUGUCUUUUUUUCUGUCCUACCCCCUUCCCCCUUUCUCUCUGUCUUUCUUCUCUCUCUGUCUCUCUGUUUUCACACCUUCCGAUGCAGAUUGAGUCUUUCAAGCUCAACUUCCGCGAGAAUGCGCGCUCUCGCACGGACCACGGCGCCGACAUCAUAUCCUGGCCAGCCCUGGGUGACAGCCCUGCCCACCGACCCCCCCACCACCACUCACCCCGCAGCGUCUCGCUCCACGACUCCCUGACGUCCGCCGCCCCCCCCUGCUCCCCAUCCCUAGACCCCCACUCCUUCAACCCCCCUCAGGGGGGUUACCAGGGCAAUGGGGGCGAGCUCGCUGAACACCACAGGACAUGACCCCCCCACCCCCCCCUCCCCCAGCCCUCUCCCAUGUCUACUAUCACCUCAUGCUGUUAGUGUCUUCUGACCCUGUGCUCCUUCCUGGUUCACCCUCAUUGGCUGAGUUGGUAUUUGGCUGUAUAUACUGAGCUUCGGGCAGGGCAAGGGUUUUAUGAUGAAGGGGGGCGAGGGGUUGGUUUCAAGGCUUCCUGGAGUUUCACUAUGCUCGCCUGUAACUCUCCGGUUCUACUAGACAACUUUGUGUUUGGGCUCCUUGUGUCGGGAGGGUUUUAGCAGCGGGACCUCUCGGUUCCGGGGAUGUUUGUUUGUUUGUUGUUUGGUUAUUUUUCCCUGCUGGGUGACAUUUGCAGGACCCCGUGUUCUCCCUCCUCAGUCUCUCUCCACGCAUCAGUGCUCACAGUGUACUCAACUAUGGCAUCAUCUUCCUCAUCUUCAUCUUCCUCCCACUCUCCGUCUCGCUCAUAUUUACUCGCAGAGCAGAACACGUCAGUCUUAUUUACAGUUUAGCAUCUGGUAUAUGCAGUAUAUCCCUCUGGCUGUCGUGAUUUGAAACAGACAAAAAAAAGUGAAUUGUGAAUCCUGUGUCCUGUUCAACACUGACUCAUUUAACACUAUCAUAUAUUCACACCACAUGCCGUAUAGAGUUGCUGGUCUAGUCCAUUAAGCGUCCUUACAUUGUGAGUUUCCAGGCUGAUGUGCUUCCCUUCUCUUCUCACACACUGUACUUCUCCCUCUUGUGGAAACCCUGUGUCCUACCUGUUCAGUAUGAGAGCACUCACAUUCACAAUAUAUAGUCUCUUUUAGCGGUUAGGCUUUUUAAAUCUCUUUAAAACUGUGUUUCGUGAUGGUGUGUUUGAGUGAUAAUUGUAAUACUGAGCUUUGUCGUUAUGUUAGUUUCUGUUCUUUGGACUUUUCUUCUGGCUUGUUUUCUUUUCUUUUCUUUCAGUAGUCUUCAGCUUCAGUUCUGUAUUUUAUUUCUCUCUUUCUCUCUCUCUCUCUCUCUCUCUCUUUGUCUCUCUCUCAGCUCUUGAUUUUCCUCAUCUCUUGAAGCAAUACGGUGUUUGCCUACAGGAUCCAUAAAUCCUUGCAAUUACACGCACACUUUUUCAAACUAGCUAGCUAUCCCAGAGUCGACCCAGACUGCGGCGGAUCCGUUUCAUAUCCGAGCAGAAUCUGUUCUGUUAGGAAACCCAAGGCUGAGGUAGCAUGCCGACAAGACCAGGACACAGGGUCAAGUCAUGGAGCAGUAAGCCUGUCGUAAGGCUUCUGAUUCAAAUGCUGAAACGGUUAGCAGGCUUAAUGGCUUAUUUUAAUGGUUGAUGGCUUAGCGUUGGAUUGGACUGGUACUCUGGUCUGACAUGUUUGAAUAGUAAGGCACGUGGAAGUUGCAGUUGGGAUGAGGAAGUGUCUGCGUCUGGUGGUCUGAGGGAUGUCGGAGAGCUAGUGUUCAGUAUGUGCCUCCUUCUCUCUCUCUCCUUACCUGAAAUCCCACGAGGAACAUGGACCCACAUCAACAACACACCGGGUCCUUUCGAGGGAGAGAUGAGUAGACGAACAGAAUGUUAUCCUUCAAAACAGAAAAAUACUUAGUCAACCGAUGUAGAUUUAGUGCUUCAGGAGAGUCGUUCUGAACAGUUUUCUCGUGACUAGCCGUGCUAGCUAUCCUGUCACAGGUGUCCUUUUUCAGAGAAGUGUUGUGUUAUUUUGGCACGGUUUGUGGACAAAUGUUGGAAAAGGACAUAUUGGUGUUUCAUGGGGACUUUGUGAGCAGACUAUUAGAUGUGGCUUAUUCCUCUAGUUACAACUUUUUUUUCUUACAGUUGCCUCUGAAUAGCCUUCGUUGUGUGUUGAAAGAUAUUGUGCUGUUUUCUUUCCCUGUAAGCCUAGACGUACAUGCUUCUAUACGGUAUUUACAUUAUGACUCGCGUCUGUGGCUUAGGCUCCAGGCUCUUCUGAAUGUUGAUGGCCGCUCUACUCUGACUGAUGGGAAGCUGGUGAGGACUGUGCGAAAGAUGAACACAGUUUUGCAGGAUUGUGCGCUUCUUAAGUUUCUCUCAUAGCCAGGCAUAGGACAAGACCCACAAGGAGAACUUUUUUCAUAUUUGUCUUUAUAUUUGAAAGUGAUAUAGAGGAAUAUCGAGUAACCAGAAACAAGGACAAAAAGAGACGUAUUUUAGAAGGAAUGUCAUGGACUCGUAUACACUACCUGAUAUCCUGACUAAAAACCUGACAGAUAGGCUGAGCUGUUUGAAGUACUCUGUUUAGCACCUUAAGGCUUGGCGAUGUUAUGGACAGUUGUGAGUGAAGGUAUCAGAUGAGAUCCACUUUUACUCUGAUGAGAUGUUGAAAUGCCCCAGACUUGUGAUUUGAAUGAUUUCCAAUGCAAGGAUAGUCUGUAGAACUGACCUCCGACCGCUUUGAACUAUUUAUUUGAUUUGACAGGGUGCCCUGAAGAACCUUCCUUUGUUUGUUGUUGUAACGAAGACAUAGCAAUACUAAUACAGAAAAUUGUGCACAAAAGUGCAUUAAUGAUUGAUUGUGCCGAAACAAAUAUUCCCAAGCUAAAUCAUUAUUUUCUUUAUGCAUUUUCCUACAAAAAAAUUGAUUCUGGAAUUAUUUUAUUUGAAACGAGACAGGCCCAGUUCGGUGGAUCCUGGAGAGGCCCGCCCAGGGCAGGCCCAGGUUUGCCCCUCAGUCAGGCGUGGCAGGGCAGGGCCGGGGAUGGGGUUAGUGUCUGUCUGUGGACUUGCAGCUUCUGGAAGAAAGGGUCUUUCAGUAAACUGCUCUCUGCCUCCCAGUGACUGAGCGCUGGUGAUCACGACAGCCUUUUACCGGUGGCUUCUGGCGUCUCUUCUCAGACUCAUGUUUUAACAUCCACUACAGUUACCACUCACACGCUAACCUCGCCAUUAAUUAUGUUUUAGGCUUGCAGUCCUCCCUCUGUAAUCGCUUACAUUUGUAUAUGAAUAUAUAUACAUUUUACUGUUUAUAAACCAUUUACCUUGAUCAGAUACACAUGCCAUGCAGUGCAUAAUUAAAUAUUAGAAAUAUAAACAAAAGCAAUUAUAUCCUAUCAAUGAAAAACACAUUGACGGUUAAAAAGUAAAGUUUUUGCAAUCCAAGUACCCUUUUGAUAUUUAGGGAGUUUUUUUUGCAUUGUCAUAGCUAAUGUGAUACAUUAAAAAGGGCUAAGUAAACAAAUGUUUUUUAAAACAGAACUUUAAAAAGGCACUAGAUUGCCAAAGUUUGUUAUGACCUUACAGUAUGUUGCUUGUGCUUUGGUUUGAUAGUUGAGGGACAUGAAAAGUGUGGAGGGUUCAGGAGUAGUUCUUCAGAGCGGUCUGCUGUCCGCUUUGUCUGUAGCGCUUCAGUAAGUUUAAUUUGCGAAGGAAAAAACGUCAUGCCUACCCUGUCCGCCUGCUCUACAACAUUAGUCUUAAAAAAUGAUCUCCUGAAAAGCACAAACUCCAUGCCAACAUCUGUGGCAUCUAUGGGUGUGAUAGCAUCCUUUUAGAUGUCUCAGACGCACACACACACACAAAAUCACACGUUUAAGGGAAGAAGAGGAAUGGUUAGGACUGACUGACGUGCCCUGGACACCCUGGGCAUCCUGUGGAACAGGAAGUAAUUGGAGAGGUCAGAGGUCAUUGUCUGUGUUACCCGCACAAGGAUGAUGCUGUCAUUGGCCACAAGGCGCUCAUCUCAAGCCGGCAGGCAUAGUCUUUGAUGGACUGGAGAGAUGUACUCCCUCCCUCUGCUACCACACCUUUUGUAAGACUAAUAGUAGCUGUCUGUUAUGAGUCUUGUUCAAGAGCUCCAGAUUACUACUGGUUGGAGCCACCCCUAGACCAGCUUAUACGGUUAGCGCACACCUAGUGUGCAAGCAUACUAAUAGAACACAUCUAUAGAGCAUGCGAAAACCAGUGGGAUGUUGUUAGAUAGACUUGUCAUUUGCAGACAUUGCCAUUUGCAAACCUUUUUUUGUUUGUUCUUGUUAUUUUCUGUUUUGUUUUGAUUUUUUUUCUUUGAUUUUUUUCAUUAAUUCUGAAUUUUAUUUUUUUGGUUUGAAAGAAGUGUUUAUUGUGGUUAAUUGUUAACUAGUGAUGUGAUUAUUAAACAAUAAAUACAAUUUAAAAAUGAUUAAA